AGGAACCGGCCGGCGAGUAGAGGGAUCAACGAGUACCCGGCGUACGUUUGUGUGGUGCGCGCUGUCUUCGAGAUAGGCUCCCAGUGUCGCUCGAGAAGUUGUCCCUCGACGUUUGGUUUGCUCGCACGAGAAAGCGUUCUGUUUUUCACUGAAACCCGGUCGAGCCUGUGAAAAAAGUAGUCAAGAUGACGGCGGCAACGGAGACGGAGAACACCGGGUCGGAGAGCAAGGAGAUUAAGGACGUGAAAGAGAAGGAGGCGCUGAAGAACGAAAUGCCGCCGGACAAUAAGCAAGAGGAGAAGGAUGCGGCGAAAAAGGAGGAGAUCGCCGACGCCGCGGCCGCCACGGCAUCCUCUGCACCGACGAAGGCUAUCAGCGUGCAUAAGACCAACUACGAGAAGGACAUUGUUUAUCUGUAUCAGUUCUCUCGAACGCCGUUUCUGCCCUCCCUAUCGGCUUAUUGUCUCAAGGUGGAGACAUGGUUGCGACUCAACGGCAUCAAAUACGAGAAUGUGGACCACAAAAUGAAAUUCCGUUCCAAGAAGGGCGUGUUACCGUUCAUCGAGCUAAACGGGGAGGAGAUCGCGGACAGCGCGAUCAUCCUCCGUGAACUGAGCCAGAAAUUCAGCAAGGACCUGGACGCUGGCCUCACGUCCGAACAACGAAGCGUCUCGCACGCGAUGAUAUCGAUGAUCGAGAAUCACUUGGUGUGGGUGGUAAUGUGCUGGCGCACCAAGAAUCUCGAUCAAGUAUUGAAGGGUUACAAAGUGAACCUUCAGCACGUCCUUGGUACCCGCAUCCCCAACGGAAUUCUAAACUUCUUCUUCAAGCUUACAUUCGGUCGCAAGUGGGAUUUGUUACAGAGCGCGAAAAAGGUGAAGGCGCAGGGUAUGGGAGUGCAUACCCCCGAAGAAGUGUCCCAAUUUGGUUGCGAUGAUCUCAAGGUUCUCUCCGACAUGCUUGCUGACAAACCCUUCUUCUUUGGAGACGAGCCAACUACGUUGGACGUUGUAGCGUUCGCGCACCUUGCCCAGAUUCUUUAUAUUGACAAAGACACGCAGUACAGUCUGAGAGAUUACAUGCAGGAGAACUGUCCGAACCUGGUCGGGCACAGCUCGCGCGUGAAGGAACGAUGCUUCCCGGAUUGGGACGAGAUCUGCUCCACGCUGGACAUGAACACGCAUUUACCGAAGCCGGAGAAGCAAGAGGAGAAGGAGGGCAAGGAGGAAGCGAAGGAGUCUAAAGAAUCGAAGGAGGAGAAGGAGGGGGACAAGGAGAAAGCGGAUAAGGAAGAGAAAGAGCUGGAGAAAGACAAAGAGGUUGACGAGAACAAAGAAAAGGAGAAAGAGGGGAAAUAAGCUGUCGCGCGGCGACAGGAAACAAAUAAAUCGUUCAAAGGAAAAAGAAGAUUUAACUGUGGAAAAUUGAGGGUGUGAUCUGGAUACGGUGGGGGGAGAAAGGAGAGAUGCGGAAAGGGUGGGUAAGGAUGCAUGUAUGUUGAGCGUAUGCGUGUGUGUAUGUGCGCGUGAACGGUUUUGCGCGAAUGACCGACGAAAAUGGAGAAAACGAGAGACGGUGUAGAGAGCAUGAGAGUGGAUAGAUGGGGGAAAGGGGGAGAAUGCACGAGAGGAGGUAGGAUCCGACGAGAGUGCAAGAAAGGGGAGGGGAUUCAAGUCUAGAGCUCUCUACUUAUACGUAUAGAUAUUAAUAGACUCAUAAUGUUAAAUACUUCGUUUAUAUACGUUCAACACGUUACGCCAUUUCUCAUCGACACCCCAGCACACCCGAAUCGAACAACUGUUUCCGACCCAGGGCCCUUUUUCCUCCCCCCCGGCAUAAAACAUAAAAAGAAAAAAAGCAACAGAACGGGGCUAUCACAUAAGUCAUUAGAAUUGUAGGUUUGCAAUAUAUCAAAUGCAAUAGCCUGACGCAGGUGUGAGAUCUUUAUGAACAGUGGCCAAAAUGCGGAAUCGUACCGCCGCGAAGGUGGUGUUGUACGGUGUGGUAGUAGUUUACGAAGAAGAGCGAGAUCGUUUAUGGUUGCGAUACACGAAAUAGCCGCCCCCUGAUCCCGAUUCAGGGAGAAAAGCGCGUCUUGCGGUCGCUUCUACCAUUGGCUCUUACUGUGCAAAAUGAGUUAUGUACCUAGCGUUCCAAGCAACGUACCGUAUAUCACAUUAUGAUGAUCUUCGUUUCGGUCGUGCUUUUUCUUUUAAUUUCUAUUCGCGUUUCGAAUCGCCGUUCGAUGGAGGGGCCCUUUUAAUAUCAUCCUUUCAACACACGUCGAUUCGAGUCACCACUCAUACGCGUUCACACACGCAAAACACAUUCCUUUCUGAUACAUUGGUGCUCGAAUAAUUUCUAGGGAAUCGCUUUCCGCGGCGAUGAUCGGAGAUUUAGAGUCCUCGAGUCGAUAUGCAUCAGAUUGGCGAAGAAAUAUUUAGAUAAAAAGAAAGAAGGUGGGCGGUCGUUGCUUUGUAAUUUGUCUUUUUAUACGGCCACUGCUUCGAUCGCUAUCGACCUCGGAGCAAAACGUAUAUUUUAACUUCACGGACUCAUCGAGUACUCUCAUUCCCACGCGCAUAACUUGCGCUAUUGGGUCGACUGCUUUUACGAUUUUAUUGACAACGUCCUGACGAGCGAAGACUCAUUUGCGAUUACGGAUCGACGGCAAAUAUUAUAUUUACGAUUAAUUUGUAUAUUAUUAUAUAGAUAUUUUGUAUUACAUAUACGCGGAUGCGAUUCGAGUAAAAGCGUCGUUGCAGAGGCGAUGCCCGCGCGUCGACGUCCCCCGAGCGGAUACGACUGUCUUUGUUUCUACCUUUUUCUUUCCACAAAACGAAAAGAAAGAGACAAGAAAAGAGGCACAGGCAAACAUCGAUCUCCUCUGUCUGGGUUUCCUUUCGGUAUAUUUGAAGAAAAAAAAAGAAGAAAAAAAAUAAUAAUAAAAGAAAGAACGCUGUGCUGCCCCGUGAUUAGUUCACUAUUAUUAGACGACUUUUUCCUCGGACCUGUGAGAAAUUUUACAUUACGUAAUUAUACAAAGUGUCUUUCACGCAUCGAAAAAAAAAAAAAUAAAAAAAAUAAACAAAAUGAAACUGACAUUUUGAUGUAUAAUGUUAUCGAACGGGAAUUGAAGUUUUUUGUACGAGGCCGCGCACCAAAGCGGCCGCAAAAUAUUCCACGAAGACACGAGGAUAUAUAUUAAUAUUUAAGUAGCUUACUAUUAUUAAUGAUGAUAUUACGAUUACAUAGAGAACAAAAAAGAUGGAAAAAGUAACAAUUAGUGUGUGGAAACUGUUUAUACUUAGGACAACGCAUACGUUUACACCCGUGGUUACAUUAUUAUUACGGAUUAUUACGAAGUACGAGUAAAUAAUAAUAAAUUAGUGACGAAAAAACACUUGGACAAGACCAUAAACGUUGCAAGCACAGUAGGUAGGAACAUCCAGUACAGUAAGAUUAUUAUAAGAGGAAUAUUAAUAAUAAUUAUAAUAUGACUGCUCGUUUUAUGCU